AUGCAAAUGGAAAUAGAAAGUAACUUUUCAGAAACAAAAAAAGGUAUAUCAGAAGAGUAAAAGUAAUAAGAGAAGCUAUUAAAAAAAUAAAAAAAGAAACUGCAAAAUAAAUAGAAGUAAGAGUUAUAAAUUAAGUAAUAUGGAGUAAAAAGUGUCAUAAUUAAAGAUCUAAGCUAUGAAAAAAAGAUAUUUUUACUUACCGAUUUAAUAGUUGAUUUGGAUAUGUAUUAAAAUGAAAAUCUAGAGAGACCAACAAAAUUUGAAUUGAUAUCAAAUUGGAGGCCUUGCACAAAAAUUGUCAAUGAAAAUAACAUAGUUCACAUAGAUUUAGAUACAUCUGUUGAUGGAUUAAGUAAUUUUAACCAAGUUAUUAAAAUAUUGUAAAGUAUACCAAAUUAAAACGCUUAUGAACUUAGCUAGCAUAUUUAAGCAUAUGAAAAAUCAAUAAAGUUAUAUGAUGAAAAAAAUAAUGACUUAAUGUAUAUUUAUCGCUUGAUAAGUCAAGAUUAGAGAUCUAAUUACACAUUAAAUGACUACUUUGAAGAUGAAGUUUAAUAAAGAUUAAAGAUGGCUUUGUAGUUGAUAAAUGAAAAAUAUAAAACAAACAAAUUUAUUUCUUACAUGAUAAAAAUUCGCAGAAGGAAUCAUUAAGUAGUAGCAAAGUAUGGGUAUUCGGUUGAAUUGCUAAAUUUAUUGGGCAUUAACAAUGAGAAUAUGUACAGAAUUUUAUAUUAAAAUGGUCCAUUACUUUUUUUCUCAAAUCAAGAUAAAUUUAAUAGACUUAAGAAUAGCUUAAUUAGAAGAAUAGAAGGCCUAUAAUAUUUAUAAUCCUAAACUGAAGAUCUUAUAUAUGAAAACUAAACUAUAUUGACAUUUGAUGACUUAAAAUUUAACUGCAAUAUCCAUAUGAUUAAAACUCAGCUUAAUAAUGAUUAAAAUUUUUUUAUUAGGAAUGUAAUUCAUAUUCAAUUAGCACUUUAUGAUAUAAACGAUGAUAUUAUUAAUGAAAUUAAUCAUCUACGCUAUAAAAAUGCAGAAGAAAGCCAAAAUUAAACUAAAAAUGAAUUUGAUGAUAUAUAUUAUGGUCUCGAUUACCAAACUUAAUCAGAAAUGUUUUUAUAAAAGUUUUAUAUCAAUAAGAAUUGUAAUCAACCAGCAUCUCAAUGA